AGCUGACGUAUGUUUGAAUUCACAUGUAAAGUUCUCUUUGAUACUAAACACUUGAUUGUUGGUCUGUUGUAGAAAACUUACCAGACAUUUUCUACAAAAUUCUCGUUAAAUAACCAACAGAGGAACCUUUAAAAUGGGAGGUAAGAAUCAGACUAAAAUGUGAUUUUACUAAGGCAUCGAUUGCGCUGUAAAAACGCCGAAUAUCGGCCCCCUCGCUGACCACUGUUUCUACUCUACCUUUAGUGAAAUUUUUAGAGGUUCUUCGACCUUUUAUUUCAAUUCUUCCUGAAGUUGCGAAACCAGAAAGACGAGUAAGUUAAAUUCUGUUGUCAGUACAAUGAUAAGAAAACUACAUCUACCGUCUUAUAUGUUUAUAAUUUAAUAUUUGGUAUCAAAUAUAUUCGUAUUUGAUACUCGAUAGUUCGAUGGCUCGAAGGCGAAGUAUAAACAUCCACGUAUGAACGAAUUUUUAAUUCCAUUCUUUCAGAUUCAGUUUCGUGAAAAAGUAUUAUGGACAGCGAUUACACUUUUUAUUUUCCUUGUAUGCUGUCAGGUAAUAUUUUCCACGGUUUUAUAUGCUUUUUUCAUGAUGGUUGUAUUUCACUUGUGA